UUGUUAAUUUAUUGACAGGGGGUGAUAGUGUUAGGGGCACGGUCUCUCCCUCUCUCUUUUUUUCAGAUAACCUUGACCAACGAAAAAGUAAUCAACGCUUUUAUUAUUGACGCAAUGGUGCGCCUCAACGCUCGUCUUCUAUUCCGGAUGUCCUGCCAAAACAAUCAGAACUUGACCAAUUUUAUCAACGAUGGCAAAAAGAUUGUGGGCGUGGCACUGAAUUACAUGGAUGUGGUCAAGGCCAGAAAUGUGGCGGUUCCAACAGCUCCAUUGGUGUUCCUUAAGCCGACCACAUCGUAUCUGCAAGAGGGUCAUCCAAUUGUGUUGCCAAAAGUUUUCACCAAAGUCGCCUACGAAGUGGAGCUUGGAGUUGUGAUUGGCAAGCAAUGCAAGAAUGUUUCCGAAGCGGAAGCCAUGAAAUAUGUGGCCGGCUAUUGCUUAGCUCUUGACCUUACUGCCCAAUGCAAUCUUGUUACCGCUCGAGCGGCUGGUUCUCCAUGGACUCUGGGGAAAGGCUUUGAUACCUCCACUCCUGUCUCGAAAUUCAUACCAUUCGAUAAUGUAAAAGAUGCCCACAAUUUGUCACUAUGGCUUAAGGUCAACGGAGAGGUGAAACAGAAAGGAUGCACUGCGGAUUUGAUCUUUAAAGUGCCAGCUAUUAUUUCCUAUGUCUCGCAAUAUAUGACCCUGGAACCCAAUGAUCUAAUAUUGACUGGAACUCCCAAUGGCUCUGAUGCCUUUAAGGCAGGCGAUGUCAUUGAAUGUGGCAUGGCCGAUUUGGCCACCAUGAAAUUCCAAGUGUGUGCCGAAUAAACAAACAUGAGAUUAAUGCAA